AUGACAACGCGUCCACGGUCAGCAGCAUGGCGCGGCAUCACUUUGAUGCUGAGUAUGCAAGCUUCCCCUUCUACAGCUCUCUGGCAGGACCAGGCAUGGGUCAGAAAGUAUCCCUGUAAUCGAUCAUAUGAUGGUUUUGUCUCAUUUGAGCAAAGUCCCUUCUGGAUCGAUAGUUUCCGCGGUUCGUGGGAUACCCAGAGCGAUUCAGCUGAACUGAAGCUGGACAUUCUUGCAGUCUACAACCAGUCACUCUUAACAUGUGAAGAAAUCGAUGUUUCGUUAUUUGAAACAUCGUUGAACUUCCAAACUCUUGGAUAUUCAGUCGGCCAGUUAAGGAAUUUCCGGAGCAAUUGCCCUCUGCCUAUCACAGACACUCUGACACCUACUGGGCAUACACUAUUCUCCUCUUAUCAUCUCAUUUACAGCUUUCAGAGCACACAUCGGUUCCAAACUCUCGAAUCGACUUUUAGUUUUAAACAACUUAAUGGCAAAGAACUAGACUGUGGUGUUGCGAAAAUUACUCCAGACCUUGGAGAAACAGCCUCAGCAGCAUUAAUCUUCACGCCAUUCAGCAUUCUAGUCAUUGUUGCCCUUUCUUCCUGGAUGAAACACCGGAACAGGCUCAGUUCCAGCUAUGUCCUGGACCAUGACUCCGUUUUGGCUAGCCAAGAGCUACUGUGGGCGACGGUUCUUGACGUCGCUGAAUAUUUGCGCCAUCUUCAGUUCACCUUCGUGUCUGCAUCGAUGACCAUAGAAUACCCUGGCUUUUAUGUUCCGGCAGUAGGCAAACUUGCCUGGGCCUCUUUAUUAUAUUGGAGGGGACCCUUUGACUACGGAUAUUCAUAUCAAGGACCUAGUGGUGGCAUGUAUCCGAGUAAUUUCUCCUAUGGGCUUGGUUUAAUGACCCAGAUGCUUCGAUACCCCAACAUGCUCAACACGCUGGCCAAUUCAAUGGUAAACCUUGCCAUAAUUAUGAGCCCGAUAUUUUUCAUCCUCUCGCUCUGGUUUUGGAUAGCAUCAUCAACGAUAAAUGCACGACCGAAUACCUUCCUGUCAUUCGUAAAGAAGGCAGUGGGAACCACUAUUGGCAUAGCUUUAUGUUUCUUCAGUGUGCCUCUGCUUUCUUACAUAGCCUACGACCUGUUGCUCGUCGGCUACCUGCCAAAUUAUCGGAUUGGUCUGGCUAUCCUAAUGUUGCUUAUCAUCUGUGGUGCCAGCCACUUUCUCACACGGACGCUCUAUGACCAAUUCACCAUCAAGCUGACCUCAGCGAGUAUUGACGAGAUGGAGAAUAGCUUGAAGCCGAAUCUUGCUACGAUUAGGAACAUGAUCUCUCGUCAUCUGCCACAUACGAUGCCACUCCUCCAAGCUAUUGGGAUUGGGGGUCUGCAGGGGUUUCCUUUGGCGCAACUGCUCAUACUCAUAUUAUGUGAAUGCGUCUAUCUCUUUUUUCAUCUGACUGUAAAAAGGGACAUCCAGACACUUAACAUGGGGAAGAUAAUCCUCUCAGCGACUCGUUUGCUCACCGCAUUACUCAAUUGUGUAUUCGUCUCAUCAGCCAGUGCGGCAAAGAGACAGUGGACUGGCUACAUAAUAUUAUGCAUCCAUGGGUCGGUGAUCGUGCUAGGUUUCUUUGUCGUCGCCGCCUGGAACCUAAUAAGGACGAACUGGAGAAGUUCAGACGAGAGUCUCGAUAGUUUAAAUGACGCAAGUCUUGGAGCGCAAAGUUUGGAUCUCCAGAUGGACGACCUUCCCACGCCUAACCUAUCGAGUAAACCGCAUGAAUAUCGCAAGGACCACACCGAAGAACCAUCACGGCAGCAUCACCAGCAGGAUCUCUCAUCGUUCUACCGACCACCGAGGUCACAAUCGGCUUUUUCAACAUCUCAGGGUUCUCCUGAAGAACCCUUUGAUCUGAACCUGAUCCUCUCAGACUUAGUUCCCAGAAAAGGUGUGGAUUAUUCUUUUCGAGAAGUUGACCGCUUCUACGGCACGCAGAGAGAAAGCCAACCUUCUGCCCCGGCAUCCACGUCAGACUUGGGGUCGGCAUCGGGAUACGAGCAGGGGACUGAUGGUCGGGUCUAUUCUAAGUCGAUACCAAAACUGCUCGCCAGCUUAAAGGGGUUUCAUAAAAAAGACCAAGAACGAGGUUUCCAAGUUCAAAGACCCCCGAGGCCUCCUUCAUAG